AUGCCCAUAGGGAUGUCAUGGUGUACUGACCACACCCAGGGCUGUAUUCUGAAUCACUGCAGCAAGCAGGAAUUUAAACAAAAGAAAACUAUAAGAGAACAGAUGGACGUAAUAGUGGAAGUACAAUCUGAAGAUCUGCAUUCCAGCCACCGUGACGUGAGGCCUCUGAUUCAUGACAGGGAUCCCAAAAGAGUCAACAAGAGUCUUAAGGUCACGUUUGAGGAUGUGAUUGCAGAACCUCCCUCAGUGCGCAGCUUUGAUAAAGUGUGGCUGUGGAGUCAUGCCCUGUUUGAGGUGUCCAGACUGUGGUGCUACCGCUUCAUCUCCCUCCUGCUGGCAGUGCCGGUCUCGCUGGCAGCAGGGCUCCUUUUCGCAGUGCUCAGCUGCCUUCAUAUCUGGCUGAUCAUGCCCUGUGUGCAACUCCUUCUCAUCAACAUGCAAUGGGUCCAGACUGUGUGGGGCAGCAUACUGAACAUUCUCAUCAGCCCCUUCUUUACCAGUGCUGGAAAGUGCUGUGGUAGAAUCACCAUCCAUCUGUCAAAAGAUGAAGACAGGCAUACACAAACAAGAGCUGAGUAA